UGCCUAUCACCCUGUUAAAAAAAAAUUACUGCUACCACGUCUUUGACAACUACUACUACUAUUACUACUAUCGCCUCACAAACACACGUAGCUACUGCAACUACCAUCACCGUCAUCAUUGUCCUUAGUAGUGUAUGAAGCGGAGUUGACUACUACUGCUACUCCAGUUGAUAGUAUUGCUUUGACCAGUACUCACCUUGAAAUUACUACCACGCCGACUAAUUUUGCUGCAACCCUCACUAUAUCGUUGCCUACGACCGCUACCGUUGUUAGUACUCCUACCACUCCCAAUUGCUACUGUCGUUGCUGCUGCUGCUGUUGUUACUCCACCUCAACGGCUGUACGAACAUAACCAUAUGGCCCAGCAGCAGCAGCGAGCACAACAUCAUCAGCGUCGGAUGAGGUGAGGAGAAGGAAGAUCGGACUCCCAAAACUAACACACAGACACAUUUUCCUAGCGAUACAGAAAAAAAAAAAAAAAGGGAGAGAGAGACCUUGAAAGGAUCAACAAACGACCGACACCGCCCGGACACCCUCCCCUUUUUUUAUAAUAAUCCUCUGACCGAACCAACCAUUUGAAAGUAAUCAAGACUUUGUCCAGAUCAUCUUCAUCUUUCUUCUAUCUAAACCUUUUGUUCUCAUUUUCCUUUCCUACAAUAGACAUAGUUUAUUUUUUUAAACAUCGAUUGUUUUUUAUUAAUUAAUUUAAUUAAUUAAUUAAUUAAUUGCAUAAACAUGGUCGCUUUAGAAUUUAACACCCUCACCAUGUUGCUGCCAAUGUUGGCGAUAAUAGUUUGUGCUUUGGUGUUUGCCUGUGGUUUCCGAAACCCUGCGCAGCCUCCAAGCUUCGAUUCUGGUCGGCACGAAUCCAAGAAAUCCACCCAAAAGAAACCCAAGAAAACGAAGCAGCCUCUACAAACAAACACUCAGACUAAACAAUCUAAGGCUAAAACAAAGCUCACUAAAGUACCCAGUGGUCAGUCGGCUGUUAAAGGGAACAAAGAUCCUAUUGUAAAGUCUACUUCAUCCAAGCAGCAGAAGAGCCCUACUAAAGGCCCAACGAAUAAGGCGAAUCAGCAAGCCACUCUUGAUGCGAAGGCAGACCACAAAAAAUCCCAGGCGAAGAAACCAUCCACUCACGUUGUUAUUGUAAUUUACUCCAAAUCAAGUAGGCCUACUAUCAAAGGCAUUCCAGUCAAAAUAUUUCAAGCCUCUUCUUAUCGUUCAUGUUAUUUUGUUGUUUUGACAGGUUGGACAACACAACGUUCUCGCAAAGAAAAAAAGAAUAAAGGGAAAAAUGAAAUAGUGGUUGAAGAGAUCGUUGCACAGAAUGUAGAAAAAACUUCCAAAAAGAGGGAGUCACCAACCUCUAAACAACCAUCAAAGAAUAAUGCUCAGACAGCAGAUAAGAUCACUAAAAAGGAAAAAAUAACUGCCUCAUCUGUACAGGGAACGACCAAGGAAAAAAGUCCUGGGGCUUCUAAAAAAGAGAAGGCUGCUGAACAGUCAGGUAAGAAGGACGAAGGCAAGAAAGAUAAGGGCUCUGAACAGAGCAGCAAGCAAGAUAAGGGUUCUGAACAGGCUAGUAAAAAAGAAAAAGGCUCCCAGCAGUCUUCUAAAGAAAAAAGCCCUCAACCUACUAAAAAGGAAAAAUCUGUUGAGCAUUCUAGCAAGGAGAAAAGCCCUCAACCCACUAAGAAAGACAAAAAUGCUGCACAAGCAAAUAAAAAAGAAAAGGAAUCAGAACAGUCUGGAAAGAAGGGGUCUGAGCAGGCUGGAAAGAAGGGGUCUGAACAGGCUGGCAAGAAGGGAUCGGAACAGACCGGCAAGAAGGGAUCGGAACAAACUGGCAAAAAGGGAUCAGAACAGACUGGUGAAAAGGGAUCUGAUCAGACUGUCAAGAAAGGGUCUGAACAGAGUGGCAAAAAAGGUUCUGAGCAAUCCAGCAAGAAGGGAUCUGAGCAGAGUGGCAAGAAGGAAAAAAGUCCUCAGCCCUCAAAGAAACAAUCUGAGCAAUCUGAUAAAAAGCAAACUGGUUCUGAGCAACCUGGCAAGAAGGAGAACCUAGCCCCAUCUGCAGAAUCAACUUCCAAAAAGAAAUCAAAGAAGAAAAAUGAGGAAUCUAAAGCUGGUAACAAAGAAUCAGCCUCAGAAGCUAAAUUUGUUCAAUCUAAGAACAAUUCUAACUUUGAAGAAAUCCCUCCAGUUCAAGCAUCUAAAAAAUCUCCAGCCAGAAAUAAAACUCCCUUGGUAGAAAUAGUUGAACAAGAUUUUGUUCUUAUACCUUAUCCUGAAAAAGAAAAUGCCUGCAGUCCCCAAGAAACAAGUCCUGGCAAAAAAAAGCGAAACAAAAAACCUGCUCAACCUAACCAGCAACAGGGUGAGAAAGGUUCACCAAAACCUGAGAAGAUGGCUACAAAGCCAAACCAACAACAAGAGAAUAACAAAAAUACACAAUCUAAAAAAAAAAAUACUAAAAAUACUGCAGAUGCAGAGGAAAAAAUGAUGAUAAAAUUGGAAAACGAUGAAACAUCAAAUAAAGAUGUAAAAAGUCCAAAAAAGAAGAAAAAUAAGCAAAAUUCACCGGAAAAGGUGAUAGAAGACAAUAAUAAACUAACUGAUAAAAGUAAAAAGGCGUUGGAUACUAAGCCCGUACAAGCCCAUACAAAGGAAUCUAUUCUUGCCUCUAAAACCGAGCUCAAUGCCAAUAAUUGGACCGAAGCCAAACCAAAGAAUAAAAAGAAAGCUCGCCGUGAAAAUUGAAAGUAUUCAAUGAAAUUAACUCUUUAAAUCAAUUUUUCUCUUAUCUUAUUUUAUUUUUAAGAAAGCACCCACAUUGAUCCAUUAUAUAUAUAUAUAUAUAUAUAUAUACAUAUUAUAUGCAUGUAUGGGUUUUCUGUGAGGUGAAAAAAAAUCGUGAUCUGUGGUGGAAAUUAAGAGUAAUUGUAAAUUGUGUCCAAAGUGAAGAAAAAAAUAGCAGAAAGAAAAUGUGAAGAAAAAAUUGAUACGCAAAAAAAAAACUACCAACUGACGGUGGUUUUAAUAUUGGUGGAGGUUCCAACAGA